AUGACGACGUCGACGACAAUGCAUUUGAACUGGAAAGAAAAACACAACAGUGGCCAGAAAUGUUCAACAAAACAAAUACUCUUUUUAGAAGAAGAUGUUGAUGAUUAUGAUGAUGAAGGCAACGCUUACGACUGCGACUACGACAACGACGACAAAGACUACGACAACGAAGUUGCUUGUACACCAGAUUCAAAUAAUGAAAAUAUUCGCUCUGACGAUGAUGAUGAUGAGUGCAACGAUAAUCAUGAGCAAGGCAACGAUGGCAGCAACAUCAUCGACAGCAGCAGCAGCAGCUCUAGCGACACCAACAGCAGCAACGGCGACAACAAGGAAGAACCCAAGUAA